AUGAAAACACAAACAAAAAUAGAUGAUGGUACCGGCACAGAGGCCCAGGAAACCUCAGGCCCGGCAGGUGUGGGUGAGCUCGCCACACAGGUCGUGAUCAGUAGCUCUGGUUAUGCGAAAAUGAAUAUGGAACGGCUAAAUAGGAUUAUGAAGACAACGGAUAGUGUACUAAGACUCAGAGGAGGAGGAGACUCCGAAUCUGAUGAUGGCACAAAUGCUAGUUCAAGUGGUGCGAUGGCAGUCGAUCAAGGGACUAUUAACCACCCGGCAAAGGCGAAAUCGGCUAGUGUCGAUAACGUGGCUUUGCUAAAGAAGUUAAAUAACCACAUUGGGUUUAUAGAGCAGACGGUCAUAAAUGAAAGGACCAAGAAACUGACUGCCGGGGCUGCAGACGGCAUAAGCGCCAGGCUUAAGAAUAUCAGAGAUAUACAUACGGAACUCUGUAUGGAGAACAGUCGUCUCCAAGGCGUUACGCAGUUCAGUGCCGCGGAACUUAAGGGUUUGCUGGACACGUUCUCCAGGGCGCAAAAAGAAAAAAGUAAGGAGAUAGAGGAACUCCGCCUCGAAAACCUCGUGCUCAAAGAAAGUUUGGAAGAGCUAGCCAAUAACUAUGGACCCAAAAAGGUAACUUAUGCCGAUGCGACAAGCAGCGCAAUUAAAAGUGUUUUCAGCGCAGAAGAGGCGCCGGGACCCGAUGCUCCGCUAACAACGGCGAAGGGUAACAAUAGAGAAAAGCCCAAGACCAAGGCUUCUAAGAGAAAGUCACUCGAUAAGUGCCGCCAGUCGGCGGUGAAGACUGGAUUUGUGGUCGAUGUGCCUGAAAGUAUGACGGUAGCCCAAGUGAAGUCUGAACUGUGGAAGACAGUGCAAAAGAAAUUGCCAAAUCCGAGGGCCAAAACCAUAGUUCAGGGUAAGACGAUUAUCGUCGUCCCUGAUGAUAAAACUACGUUCGAGGUGCUAAACAGGGUUCCGAACAUCAGGUCUGUUGGGCCUAGGCAACCCAGAAUUAUAGUUUAUGAUGUCGAUGACGACAUCAGUGGCGAACAAAUAGCCCACGGAAUAAUGGAACAAAAUCCAGAGUUGGAGCUAACAGAGGACGACGUCGAGUGCUUGGUCGUAAGCCAUAAGACGGGCCCGAGGGGAAAAGGCAGCUCCCACUGGGUACUUGAGACGCCACCGUGCGUCCUCAAGAAACUAGAAAAUAAGUCGGUCUUCCUUGGAAUGACCAGGUGCAGGGUCAAGCUGUACCAAAGUACAGUGCAAUGUUUUAAAUGCCAGAGGUACGGACACACCGCGACGAGGUGUAAUCAGGCUGAGUCCACCUGUAAGCACUGUGCUGGUCCGCACGACAGCCGCGAAUGCAGCGACAAGAUGAAUAAAAAAUGCGCAAACUGUAAGCUUGCACACCAGGCCUCUAGUUCAGCGUGUAAGGCCAAAGAACAGGCACUUAGAAGCCUAUUAAGGCGCACGGACUUUGGCCAGCAAUGA